UUUGGCAAAGCUGUAUGAGAAUGGUACGUCUCCCAUGUCCCCAACGGCAAACUGUUCACUUUACUUUGCGCGUUUUAUCGCAUCUUUUUUUGGUUCUUUCCCCUUAUUUUAAUUCAAAGUAAUUGCUAAAUCUUAUUUUCCCUUGUCCCUCUCCGAGAAAGUCACGCAUGAGGCAUGGGCAUCAAUCUAUCCAAAAUGUGUUGCCUUCACGUGAACUAACACCGGUAUAUCGAUCGUUUUUACUUCUAGCUGCGGCCUUGACCUCCACCGAUGGAGCCAUCACCGUUCUUGCGGGAAGCACCUGGGGUGGUGGAACGACUGUCAACUGGUGUGCUUCUCUUCAGCUCCCAUACUUCGUCCGUGAAGAGUGGGCCAAGAUGGGACUCCCUCACUUCACAUCACCCGCGUACCAAAGAUCGAUCGAUGCCGUCACUGAACGUCUUCACAUCUCGGAUAAGUACUUGAGGCACAACAAGGCCAACAGUCUCUUGUUGGAGGGAUCCCGCAGACUCGGAUACCCGACCAAGGAUAUUCCUCAGAACACUGGCGGACAGCAGCACUCUUGCGGUUGGUGUGGAUUCGGAUGCCGCUUUGGUGAGAAGCAGGGAACGAUGAUGACCUACUUGGCUGACGCUAAGGACCAUGGAGCACGUUUCCUGCAGGAUACAUUUGUGGAGCGUGUAUUGAUUCAAAAGGGCAAGGCCAUUGGUGUGGUUGGCCACCAGAACGGACGCAGAGUUGUUGUCAAGGCCGAUAAGGUCGUUGUCGCGGCUGGGUCGAUCCAUACGCCUGCAUUGCUGAAGCGCAGUGGAUUGAAGAACAAAAACAUCGGACGCAACCUCCGUCUCCACCCAGUCUCCUAUGUGUUUGGCAAGUUUGACGAGAGGGUCGAUUGUUACCAGGGAUCCAUCAUGACUGCCCUCACCACUGUUGCUGAGAACACAGAUGGAAAGGGAUAUGGAUCGAAGAUCGAGGUCCCUUCACAUCACCCAGGACUCAACUCUGCCUUCCUGAAGUGGAAGAGCGCCGGCGACCACAAGCGCCAAAUGCUCGACAUCAACCAUAUCCUACCCCUCAUCGUCCUCAGUCGCGACCGCGACGGCGGCUCGAUCGAGCUCGGACCCGACGGCUUGCCCCGUAUCAACUACACGGUUUCGGGCCACGAUGCCGUUUCUCUGGAGGAGGGCAUGGAUCGCAGUCUCCGACUCUUGGUCGCCGCUGGCGCAUCAUCUGUCUGGACCACUCAGAACAAUGUUGAUCCCUUCAUCGUGAACAAGGCUCUCGGCAUCGAGGAUCCUGCCUUUGAGAAGUAUAUUGCGGAAGUCAAGCGUAGCAGUGUCAAGGCCGGGUCGACUGUCAUCGGCUCUGCACAUCAGAUGGGAUCCUGCCGUAUGGGAAGUAGCCCCAGGGAUUCAGCGAUUAAGCCGACAGGUGAGACUUGGGAUGUCAAGAACCUCUAUGUUGCGGACGCCUCUACAUUCCCAACGGCCAGCGGUGUCAACCCCAUGUUGACCACCUACUCCAUGGCAUACUCGAUCGCCCAGUUUAUCAAGCAGGCUGACGGCUCGGCCAAGCUUUAAGACCAAAGCGCUUGAAUAUAAUCAAAUAGAGCCUUUGAAUAAAAAUAUAUAAUGGUGCA